AUGUCGUGUCCGUCUAUACUGUUUGACGCAGACAUUGGCGGCACAAACAACACGACUCUCACUGACAAUGCCAAGGACACGCCAGACGUGAAGGCGAAGACCGACCCCAAGAAGAGCGACAACAAGAAGGGCAUCGACGAGAAGAAGAAGAAGCGCUCGGAGGACGAGUCGAAACCGCGUGGCUUUGACCGCAACUUAGAGCCCGAGAAGAUAAUCGGAGCCACCGAUGCCUCCGGAGAACUCAUGUUUUUAAUAAAAUGGAAAGACUCGGAAGAAGCGGAUUUGGUUCCGGCGAAGUUGGCUAAUGUGAAGUGUCCGCAGGUUGUGAUAAAGUUCUACGAGGAGAGGCUGACCUGGCAUUCCAGUGCCGAAGAUGGCACUGACAACAAGGAUAAGGCCGACUGAAGCACUAGAAGCAUAUUUGACUCUCAUUUAACUUUUUUGACAUAUUUUUUAACGAAUCAUUAGUUUUUUGUUCAAAUCAUCUCUCAAAUGAAACCCAAUAUUAUUAUUACUAUUAAUAGAAAAAGUUUAAGAAAAUUGUCUCAAAUUCAAUUGUAUUUAAUUCUUACGGUAUUUUGUGUUUUUAAUAAAGAUCAUUUUUCUUGAAUUUAAAAA